AUGACUUUAGGACCAGUAGUAACAGGAACAUCAGUAAUUGCUUUGAAAUAUCAAAAUGGAAUAAUGAUAGCAGCAGAUAGAAAAGCAAGUUAUGGUAGUUAUGCAAAAUUUCAGAAUGUUGAAAGAAUAUUCAAAAUAAAUAAUAAAACAGUAAUGAGUUUUAGUGGUGAACUAGCUGAUGCUCAAUAUAUAUAUGAAUUAUUAACUCGUGUUAAUGUAAAUAAUGUUACAGAAAGAAAAAGUAAAUAUGACAUACAUAAUCCUAAAUAUUAUCAUUCAUAUGUAAGUAGAAUAUUUUAUAAUAGAAAAAAUAGAAUUGACCCAUUAUUUAAUAAUAUUAUUAUAGCUGGAAUUAAUUCUCAAGAAUAUGAUGAUAAUGAUAAAAAUAUUUUAUUAUAUACAGAAAAAAAAAAUGAACAAGAAUAUAAAAUUAUUGAUAAAAAUGAUCUCUAUAUUGGUUUUGUUGAUAUGCACGGUACUCAAUUCUGUGGUGAUUAUAUGACUACAGGAUAUGCCCGCUAUUUUGCUUUAACAUUAUUAAGAAAUCAUUAUAAAGAUAACAUGAAUGAGCAAGAAGCACGUAAUUUAUUAAAUGAAUGUUUAAAAAUUUUAUAUUUUAGAGAUGCUACAGCAUCAAAUAAAAUUCAAAUUGUUAAAAUUACUAGUAAGGGAGUAGAAUACGAUGAUCCAUAUAUUCUUCCAUGUGAUUUAAAUUCAAAAGAUUAUAUAUAUCCAUCUACAUUAUUACCACCAACCGGUUGUAUGUGGUAA